AUGAGCUCUGAAUUUGAUACUAUAUCUCAACACAAGGCAGAUUAUUACAACACAGGAGAAAUGACGCAUAUGGUGAAUACAAUAGAUAUAAUUAUUUUAAACUGGAUCCAUAGAAGGUCAACUUUUUAG